AUGAUGCAAACAAAACUCAAAUUUUUAAACGACUCUCACAACACGAAGACGGUUAAAAAAAUUUAUAUCUCAGAGGAUAUUUUUAUUUUUAAAUUGCAUUUUUGAGUGUUUUCUUGUUUUUUUUGCAAUAAAAUAGGUAUUAAAUUGUUGUCCAUCCAACUCCGUACCUUACAAAAAUGUCAUCCGAUCCAGUGCUGCUCCGCCACCUCAAAGGGCACCGAAGUCGAGUAACGGGAAUUUCAUUCAAUCCGGACGGUGGUCGUUUUGUAUCCGGUUCCACCGAUAAUACGGCCAUAGUGUGGAACGUCAACGAACAGGUACGGUGCAUGCGUUUUGAGGCCCACACAGACGUGGUCAAUGAUAUCAGCUGGUCGCCGGAUGGGCGUAUCGUGGCUUCAGCCUCCAAAGAUCGAACGGUCAAAAUCUGGGUGCCAUCGUUGAUGGGCAACUGCGACGAGUUCCGAGCGCAUACCUCCAACAUCCGGUCGGUUGAUUUCGAUUCAAAAGGAAAGAAGUUGAUAACGGCCUCCGAUGAUAAGUCGAUUAAGCUGUGGAAGGUAUCGCGGAAGCACUUUGUUUCGUCUUUCACCGGGCACACCAAUUGGGUACGAUGUGCGAGAUUUAGUCCUGAUGAUAAAUUGAUAGCCUCGUGUGGCGACGAUCGGACGUUGAAACUGUUUGAUCCGCAUUCCGGGCAGUGUGUGCACAGCUUCUUAGACCAGAAAGGCGCCGGCAAUAAAGUGGCUUGGCAUCCGGAUGGCACGCUGGUGGCUAUUGCUUUGGAUAACGCCAGGGUCAAGAUUUUCGAUAUCAAGAUUCGGAAGCUGAUUCAAUAUUACAGGAUUUUUGCGGGUUCCAUCAACUCACUGGAUUUUCAUCCAUCGGGAAACUAUCUGAUCACCGGUAGUGAUGAUGGUGCUGUGAAGAUUAUCGAUUUGCUAGAAGGGAGGCACAUUUAUACGUUGACGGGACAUACCGGACCAGUAACGGCGGUGAAAUUCUCUGCAAACGGACAGGUGUUUGCCACCGGGAGCGAGGAUCGUCAUAUUAUGCUCUGGAAAGUAAACUUCAACGGAGAAUCCUCGGAGAAUUCACUUUACUCUUCGGAGUGUAGUGAUCUACAGCAAAAUAAGUCGCAUCCUCGACUCACGAUGCCGGCGAGCAAAAAGCUAAGUUAUGAAGAUUCCCAGGGAACGGACGAAGAUGAGGAUGUCCGGUUCGGUAACAAUAAGGAAAACCAUCCGGACACGAGCAUACUGGUGGACGCCAGAAAAACGGACAACUUCCACGUUACGGAUGUACACGAGGAAAUUGUAAUAAGACUGUGUCAGAAGCCUCACGUUCGUUGUCUGUCGGAAUCCUGUUUGAACCCGUCCACAGGCGGCAAGGGAUACGACUCAAGCAAACAUAGUACCAACUUUGAAAAGCAUGUUAUCCGGAAGAUGGGACUAAUCGAAAGUGCAGUUUCAAGUCUCGAACGGCGGGUUUCGCUUCUCGAAGAUGUUGUGCUUAACCGAAGUUGAGGCAAAUUGUUUGAAGGUGUUUCGUUCAAUCAAUUUCAUAUUCAUACACGUUUAUUUUUUAAUUGUAAAUAAUUAAACAGAUUUAUUUUCAUAGCAUUACGGUCUUGUAGGCGGCUCCAAGUUGGCAAAAGAAGAAAUUCUAUUCAGUACGAAUUACAUGACAGCAGCAAUGAUUUAAUUUCAUUCAUUCAUUUCAUUUAUUUAGUUAACAUCUAAACAGAUAACACUGAAUCAAUGAAAAUGAUUUAAUUUAUGAAUACUUUUUUUUCAAAUUGUUUCAGUUACUUGUAGAGUUUUGAAAAUUUCCUGAAUCUCAAUCAAAUUAGAAUUAAAUUAAUUUAAUUCAUAUUUGUUUGGAAACAUUUCAAAAUAUCUACCAUGCUGUUCCAUGUAUCUGCAUUUGUAAAAUCUAACACAGUUGAUUUAUUUUUUCGUUUACCAACUUGAGUGCGUUUUGUCUACGAACAGCAACAGCAACAAAAACUGAUUAUAUAUCUAAUCAAGAAAUAAUUUUAUGAUUUACUUUAUAAUCUUACAUUUUAAAAAUUAGUUAUCCUGUAUUAUAAUUUUUUAUCCGAUUGAUUUAAGAACAAUCAAUAAUUAUUAUGAUUCUUUGAAAAUCAGAAUUUGCUGCAUGUUUUCUGAACGUAUUUUUAUGUCGAAACCGCGAUACGUUUUUCUGAUAUUAAUACCGUUUUAAUCGAUAUGACUGUUCAUAACACAAUUAUUUACUAAUAAAUUUGCCUUUGCGCUGACGCUAGAAAGUGUGAUGCAAUGCAGCUCUAUACAUAUCAUA